AUGACGACCUCCUCUGAACAGCACCCAGCUCCCGCGAGAGAUUCGAGCGAACCGUAUUUUGAUCUCGGGACGUUCGGUCGCAAAAUUACCACGAGUUCGCAUGAAGCCCAAAUAUGGUUCGACCGGGCACUUGUCUGGACGUAUUGCUUCAAUCACGAUGAAGCAAUAAUCUGUUACCAGCAAGCGAUUGCACAUGAUGAGAACUGCGCAAUGGCCUAUUGGGGAAUAUCCUUCUGCUCCGGCUCGAACUACAACAAGACAUGGGCACUAUUCGACGAGAGGGACCGGAUUAAUGCAAUCAAACAAUGUUAUGUUUUUUCUCAAGAAGCCCUUAGACGGGCUGAGGGUGCGUUGGAAUGGGAGCAGAAGAUUAUCAAGGCUCUUGCGAAAAGGUAUCCCAACGACGACCCAAACAGAGAUAUUCUCGCAUGCAGCAAGGCAUACGCAGACUCUAUGAGAGAAAUCUAUCUGCAGAUCGGCCUCGAAGACUUUGAUAUUAUUACUCUGUUCGCUGACGCGUUGAUGAACUGCGCCCCUCGAAAACUAUAUGAUGCUUCCACGGGGCUUCCAAUCGCAUCUUCCCCAGUAUUCGAAGUCAAAGACUUGCUAGAAAGGGCUUUGAAGAUGCCCAGGGUCGAGAAGCAUCCAGGUCCCGCCCACAUGUAUAUUCAUUUGAUGGAGAUGUCGGCGACCCCCGAGGCUGCUCUUCCUGCGGCUGAGAUGAUUCGCGAAAUAUUUCCCGAUACAGGCCACACCUUCCAUAUGCCUGCUCAUAUCGACGUUCUCGUGGGUGACUACCGACGCGCCGUGGAGUAUAAUUUGAAAGCGACUAUUGCAGAUGACAAAUUUUUCCAACAAAAUGGCGGUUUUACCUUCUACAGCUACUAUCGUCUACACGACUACCACUCCCUCAUCUACGCCGCGAUGCUGGGUGGGAUGUCGAAGGCGGCGAUUUCAGCGACCGAUCGAAUGGAAGCGACUGUCACAGAAGAAAUCCUCCGUGUGGAAACGCCUGCCCUUGCGAGCUGGAUGGAAUUCUUCAAGGCCGUCAGAGUUCAUGUACUCAUCCGCUUCGGUAUGUGGCAAGAACUGAAAGAGCUUGAGCCACUAGAGGAUAAGGAGCUCUAUUGUGUAACCAACGUCAUGAGGCACUAUGGAAAAGCUAUCGCACAUGCCGCCACCUCCAAUCUUGAGCAAGCUGACGCAGAGCGAGAACUCUUCAAAGCGGCCUCCAAGCUUGUUCCUCCUACACGCCUUGACUUCCCCAACAAGAUAGUCGACAUUCUCAAGGUUGCGUCAGCUAUGCUGGAUGGCGAGAUCGAAUACCGAAGGGGGAAUUACGAGGUCGCGUUUAGCAGAUUGAGGGACGCAAUCACUUUGGAGGAUGAGCUGCCUUUUGCGGAGCCAUGGGGGUGGAUGCUUCCAGCAAGACAUGCCUAUGCGGCCCUGUCCCUGGAACAGGGUAGGGUUGAGCAGGCUGCACAAGCUUAUGCAGAAGAUUUGGGACUAUCUCAGACACCAAAGCGCGCCCAUCACCAUCCGAAAAAUGUUUGGGCUCUUCAUGGCUACCACGAGUGCCUUGAAGUUCUGGGUCGUCAUACAGAGGCAAUCAUUAUUAAACAACAGCUUUCUCUUGCUCUAGCGGAAGCAGAUGUUGAAAUUACAUCCUCGUGCUUUUGCAGGCUUGGAAAUAAUGCUUCAUGCCAAAAGCCAAAAACAAAUGGUUGUCUCAAUGUGAAGUCACAGUGUCAGAACUAG